GAGGGAAGAUCCUGCUCUGGACUCUCGUCCUCGUCGUGCGCGCUGACUCGCGCACGACGAUCAGACAACGGCAAUGUUCUACCGAUGACAUGGUCGAAAUUUUGUUCUCACCCAGCUAGAAGAGUGUCAACCUCCUCCAGUCUCAGGCACGCGACUCGCAGCAUGUCAAUUGACCUCUCGCUCGAUCGUGUCCGCAAACUACAGGCUCUGCUGCCUCCUUACACCCGCCCUACGUGUCACAUAACGGGUACCAAUGGCAAAGGCAGCGUAUCCGCCUUGGUCUCAUCGAUUCUCCGUGCUUCCGCACCUUCUCCCACGUUUCUGGUCGGCCGCUUCAACAGCCCACACCUGGUUACGGUGCACGACUGUAUCACGCUGAACAACUCGCCAGUCUCUCCUGAAAUGUACAACGCUGCCCGAUCGCGCGUAGAGGAGACAGAUGCGAAUCACAGCAUUGGAGCAAGUAGCUUCGAGCUCCUCACAUGCACUGCGCUUCACAUCUUCGAGACUGUCAGGGCCGACAUAGUUGUGGCAGAAGUGGGCAUGGGCGGACGGCUGGACGCGACGAACGUCAUUCCGGAUGAAACGGUACUCGUAUCAGCUAUGACAGAAGUGGACCUGGACCAUCAGUCGUUCCUGGGAGAGACCAUCGGCGCGAUCGCGCGGGAAAAGGCGGCGAUUGCGCGGAAAGGGCGGCCAUUCGUUCUUGGACAGCAGGCGCAUGCUGAAGUGGAGUCCGUUGUUCGCGAAGUCGUCGGUCAGGCUGGAGGCGAUGUAUUGCUUGCGCCUACAGUGACUCUGCGUGAUUGGGAUGAAGUACCCGAUGGUCCUCUCCCUUCAGCGCCAUUGCCUCCUCCUCCUCAGCCAGUUGAGGCAGCGAUCGCGUGUUUUCCCGAGACUCUUCAUGCUCUCCUUCCCUUGUACGGUGAGCAUCAGCUCGCCAACCUCGGGACAGCGCUUGGUGUCAUCUCUGCCAUUUGUACACACUCGCAUGUACCUUGGCGCGCACACAUAGCUCCAGACAGCGUGACGCGUGGAAUCAAAGAGACGACAUGGCCUGGCAGACUGUCAUUCCACAAGCUUCCGGGACGACAACAGUACGUGCUGGUCGACGGCGCUCACAAUCCAGCCUCUGCACGUACUCUCGCCGCGUACAUCGCGCAGUUGCGCCCUCGCAUAGUCACGUACAUCCUUGCGCUAUCACACUCUCCUCCGAAGACUCCUGCGCAAACACUCGCUCCGUUACUCGCCUUGUCCCGUGAUAUCAAGAUCGGCGUCGCUUUGGUGACAUUCUCUCAACCGGCGGGGAUGCCAUGGGUUCGGGCCGAGCCUAUUGAAGUUAUGCGUACGACUGUUUUUGCACAAGCUCCUGACACAGAAGUAUGGGCCUCCAAUGCAGAGGCUGCUCCUUUCGACCAGUUUCGCACUGCAAUGCUGUGGGCAUUGGAUAGACAUGCAAAUACUGGGGCAGAUGGGCUGAUAGUCGUUGCAGGCAGCCUCUAUCUGGUGGCGGAAUUCUACAGACUUAUGCGUUCCGAUAUAUAAGAUAAUCUCACAAUGUCAUGGUGCCCCUGCUGUCGGAUGCGGAAAAGAGUUAUGCGUCUGCUGUCUGUGGAUCCUGCCAGUGACGAUGUUGUG